AUGGCGCCGUCUGCCACGCAGUGGGCUGGGACUCAGCACUCAGAAACAGGCCAUCCGUGCUCCGCUGAGGAGCAUGUGAUGUACCCUUACAUCAGAUACACACAUUCACACAUGAUGGGUGAGCCAGAGUUUAAGUACAUACCGAACAUGCACGGCAAUGAGGCUGUGGGCAGAGAGCUUCUCAUCUAUCUGGACUGGUUUGUGGGCCGCAGCAACGCUCAGGGAUUAUCUGAACCGAACUUUCCUGAUCUUGAUCGUAUCGUCUACAUGAAUGAAAGAGAGGAGGAGCUACCAAACUAUCUUCUGAUAAACAUGAAGAAAGCUGGGGAUGAAAACACCAAGGUGAGCACUGAAAUUAAGGCUGUCAUUCACUGGAUCAUGGACAUCUUUUUGUCCUAUCAGCCACCCUUACACGGAGGAGACGCGGUGGCCAAUUACCCUUAUGAUGAGACACGCAGUGGUUCUACCCAUGAAUAUAGUGCUAGUCCAGAUGAUCUGGUAUUUAAGUCUGGCUAAGGCCUACUCCAACUAUAACCAGUGAUGCUCCCAGCCCAAACGGCGCCAUGCACAUAGAAUGAUGAUGACUCCAGCUUCAAGGAGGGCAUCACUAAUGGAGGGCCUGGUACAAGUGUUCCUGGAGGUAUGCAGGACUUCAACUAUCUGAGCAGCUAAUUGUUUGAGAUCACUCUGGAGCUAGGCUGUGAUAAAGUUUCACUCCCUGAGUUCACGCUCCAAGCAGUACAGGGACCAGAACCGCUUGACUAA